AUGAAAAGAAAAAGAAAACCGAGAAAGCUAUCUCUAUUGGUUAGCAAAGUUGCUAACUCGACACUUCAGUGUCCAAUAAGAUUCAAGCGCCCGGACGGAUGCACACUAAUACCUUGGAGAGCCGGCAGAUGUUUGGCGUGGGAUGUUACGGUCCCUGGCACCCUCGCCAAACGAUAUGUAAACCCGACAAGUAAAGAAUGCGGUUUGGCCACAGCCAGGGCAGCGGACGAGAAAAUGAAAAACUAUGGGAACGCCCUUCCCUCGAUGGAAUUCUUGCCAAUAUGUAUCGAGGUUCUCGGCCCGAUGGACCCCAACACCCUUAAAUUUCUUAAGGCAAUAUGUAAAAUGAUCAGCGUCAGAUCAGGCGACAGCAGGGAACUGUUUUUCGCAACUAACCACAUUUCGUGCUUGUUGCAGCGGUUCCUGCGUGUCUGUGUGCUUGAAAAUAUCCAACUGAAUGCCGACAUGUGCAAUUAA